AGCGUUUGGUGUGUUACACUUGUUUAAAUUGCUGCGAAUACUACAGUAGAAGAGAAAACUUCGAGUUUAGUUAACGUGCGCCUAUUUACGCAUUUAAAUCGUCAAUUAGAGAGGCUUUCAUUAAUCCUCGCUUACUAGUUGAACUUGUUUCUGUGGAGAAGAGGAGCUAUGGAUUUGGUGCGUCUGGUGUGUUUGGCUCUGAGCAUCUGCGCUUGGUUCGCCUCUGCGGAGAGACACAGCGUCUACUGGAACAGCUCAAACCCAAACUUCCUGUGGGAUGAGUACACAGUGGAAGUGCGUAUCAACGACUAUCUGGACAUCAUCUGCCCCCAUUACGCCCACGGCGAGGUGUCAUCACAUGCAGCUGAGCGCUAUGUGCUGUACAUGGUGGAGAAGGAGGACUACGAGGUGUGUAAACCUCAUUCCUUCGACCAGCUCCGUUGGGAGUGCUCGCGGCCCUUUGCUCCCCAUGCUCCUGAAAAAUUCUCUGAGAAGUUCCAGCGCUUCACGCCCUUCACCUUGGGCAAGGAGUUCAAACAGGGAGAGAGCUAUUAUUAUAUCUCCAAGCCAAUGCAUCACCAUGGCGAGGAUUGCCUGAGGCUGAGAGUGGAUGUUGUCGGGCAUAAAGGCUCUGGAAAGAACCAUCUAGACAAAUCCAAGGCAGAGGAGACAGGGAAAAGCUUGGAUGGAGGAAAAGUGAAGUUUCCUGCUGCUGGAGGAGUGCAUAACCCCUCUAACCGGCUCCCAGCAGACGAUCCUGCUGUGAUGGAGCCAAAUGUUCAGAGGAGUAUCGGCAGUUCAGGAACACAGCUGGACUCCUUGUCAGUCGUCUUUACCACAAUCUCAGUCUUGUUAUCCCUGAUGCUACACUAAGGCUUGCUGGGACACCAUAACAGAGACAAUGCUAUAACCUAAUGCUGGUCAUUGGGACCAUGAACACUCAGAGAUUUUUUUAUGCAGAUUUUUUAUACGAGCAUGGACAGAGCUGUUGUUGCGUGUUUGUGUGUUUGAUGUGUUUGUUUGCGUGAAUGUGGAACGUUGAUCGUUCCAAAGAAGAGGACCUCAAAGAUGUUUUUUUUAUUACUUUAUUAAAAGGAUGGCGAUUCUCA